CCAGGACUGACGGUCGCCACCCCUGGUAUAUUUUUUUAGAUUGCAUACACUGUAGAUUAUGAUUUGAUUAUAGUGAGGAUUAAAUAGCUGUGUUAUUUUAGGUCCCUCUCUCUCUCUCUUGUUCUGUUUCUGUGUAUCUCUCUCUCUAUCUCUCUCUCUUUCUGUGUGUCUCUCUCUGUGACUGAUUCAUUUGGAUGUAUCUGUGGUCUGGAUUAAAUCUCCGCAGCUCUACAGCAGGAUGUGUGGAAUGGCAAUAGUUUUGGAUGAUGGUGGAGGUGAUGAAGACUUUGAUGUCAGUGAUGACGGGAUACAGAUGUUGCCGCCUCCACCGGUUCAGUGUGAUGGAGGGGUGUGGGGUCCCCGGCGGGGUCACUGUGGGUGUCUGGUGUGGGUGAUGGUUCUGCUGAUGUGGAACAUGACGCUGAUGUUGGUGUGUGUGGGGUUAAUGUUUCUGGUCUUCAGUCUGGUUCUGCUGCCCGCUGCUCUGCUGCUGUACGCCGGCUUCCUCUGUCACUCACGGGUUCUGGCUUCUCAAGCCUCUCUCUGUCAGUACCUCGAUGAUAACAGUUGCUCCGCCCUCAUCAUCCUGGGUUUCGUGAUGAUGUCACCAUUGAUCGUGAUUGCUGCGGCGACAUUCUGUGGUCUUCUUAGGCGACUACACCUCCUCUUAUAUUUUCAGCCAAUCACAGGAGCUCGAUACCGUGGGCGUGGCUUGUGCUGGAGGCGGGACGUCCAUGCCUGGGUUUGAUGGACAUAAACAUCCACUGUUCUCAGGUCAGCUCCGCUAACAGAUAUAAUCUCUGUCCAUACCUAAAAGUUAAGGUACGGCAAGAUCUUAAAUCUACAGCAAACACAGGCACAAUUUAUAAGCAGAACAUCAUUUGUUACUUUGAAUCUGAGGUUUGUGAAUUUCGUAAAGCUUUGUUGAUGUCAUUGUAUUGUUUAUGGUCAAGUAUUAAAGUAAGUUUUAAUGUGUGUGUGUGCUGUUGUGUUUUAUCUAUGACCUUUGUCGUGUGUGUGGUGUACUUUUGUUCAUUGGUACAUUGUGGUGUGAUUUUUACAUCCGUUCUGUCUUUUUAUGUAACUCAGAUUGGGUGAUAACAGGAUUAAAGUAUGUUUAUUUACAUUUUAAUUAUAUUCAUUACUUUAUAACAAUGACUAUUUAUUUAUAUGAGAAAGUCAGACAUUUGUGGACUGCCACAUCAACAUUUAUUGUACUGUAGAUUAAUCAUAGUGAGCUAAUGAUGCUUUUGUGAAAUAAAUGUGUUUCGUAUAUUA